AUGAUCUUCGUCUUAUAUCUUUUUAAGACGAUUGGUAAUAUUUUCUUUAAGAUUUCAUAUCUCUAUCUCCCUUGUCGCCUUCGGGCAUUAUAUUGCAUAUCUCUCUCUCUCUCUCUCUCUCUCUCUCUCUUUCUCUCUCUCUCUCUUCUAUUAACUGCUCACCAACCAGCAUCUAUCUAUCUAUCUAUCUAUCUAUCUAUCUAUCUAUCUAUCUAUCUAUCUAUCUUUCUUUCUUUCUUUCUCAAUUUUCCCGUUAUCUAUCUAUCUACCUAUCAAUCUAUCUCAAUCUCUCGUUAUAUAUCCUUUGUUUUCAUUCUAUCUAUCUAUCUAUCUAUCUAUCUAUCUAUCUAUCUAUCUAUCUAUCUAUUUCAAUCUAUCAAUCGAUCUAUUUUUCUGUGUCUAUCUCAAUUUCUCGUUAUCUAUCUACCUACCUAUCCAUCAAUCUAUCUAUAA